GUCUUCUUUAGACGGCAUCUAUCACACGCCUGGGCCACACGUUCCACUUGCGAUCCUGGUGUGCGUAUAACUUUUCUAAAUCACGCCAGGGGUUAGUAUCGACACUAUGUCGGGGAUGGAAGACUGCGAAAACACACACGCAGACAAAAGAAGCUUGGUUAGGCUCGCACGCCGCCACUCUCAACGGCGACAACGACAAACAUCCAGUGGCUGUGAUGGUGUAAUGAAUGAAAGAUACUCACGUCUUCGGUGCUUUAUUGUCCUUCAUAAGGGAGAAAAGCUGCGGUAUUCUGUUCACCAAAAUUGGAUGAGUCUUACAACGAUUUGGUCGGUUUGUAUUUGAACUUUUUUUUCGUCUUCUUCAAAGCGAAAGUAUCAAAAGGAAAAAAGAAAAGUCUGGGGUAGCGUCGGCAGUCUGAGGGGGGCCGGGACAAGACAAAAAAAUAUCAGCACCGAGAAUGCGAGACAAGAAAAAAAAACUGGACAAAAGAGAAGUCUUUUUGGCUGUUUUCCUUCCUCACUGGAGUUUGCUUCCUUUUGACAAGAUUGUGCUGUAUUGUGCCUCUGCCUUUUUUUAUUACAAUGAAAAUGAUAAAAUGGGAAGGAAAAGAGACAAACAGACACACUCGUUGAGGAACUUGAACUCUGUCUUUUUGUCCCGUGUGUUUUU